GAAGCGACUCGAGAGUUCAGUUCAGUGCACACAGCGCGUCAGUCAAUACCAGCGUGCGCUGCUGAUCUCCCUGGACUCAGAGGGGGCCGCUGCUGAUCUCCAACUUGUGGUUGUGGUUCGGUUGUUAGCACCCGCCAGAACGGCCAGUGUGUUUACGUGCGUGUCCGAGGACUAUCGCAUCCCAUCACCCGCAAGUAACCAGUGCCUGUGUGUGCCUGUGUUUGUUUGUCUGUGUUCGUGUUGCGGCUGUGAUUUGAAGCUUGAAGCGAACUGCACACUACAUUCUAAACCUAAUCGAAUCAUUCGAGCAUCGUCUGACGCUGUUGGACGACGGAAAAUCAACCCAAAAAUACACUCCGCCGGCAAAGACUUCACGUAGUUAAGCCGGACUAUUCCGACAAGAAACAGCAGUCGUAGCAGCAGCAGCAGCAGAAGCAGCGAAGGGACACCAAACAGUCACCGUGCCAGCCCGACGGUAGCUUCACCUGCCAGCCAACACGGCGCCCAGUGAUAGAUAGUAGUUAGUGAAAAGCAACAGCGCUUUAGAGAAAAAUGAAUUUUCUCGGCGCUGUUGGAGGUGACGGAGGCGACGAUGAGAACGACAAAGAGAAGGAAGAGGAGGCAGAGCGCGAACGCCAGGAGGCGAUCCGUGAGGCCGAGGAGCGACGCAAGGAGAAGCACCGCAAGAUGGAGGAGGAGCGGGAGAAGAUGCGACAGGAAAUCCGAGACAAAUAUAACAUAAAGAAAAAGGAGGAAAUUGUCGAACAGGCACCCCAGGAGGAACCAAAUCCACUGAUGCGGAAGAAGAAAACGCCCGAAGAGCUUGCGGCCGAGGCGGAACAGGAGGAUCUAGACGACUUCACGAAUGGCGAACCGUCAACCGGUAAUCGAAAGUUGAAAAACUCCAUAGAGACGCAGGUGAACGAGAUCAAGACGCAAAUCGAAGGCAAAUGCUCCUUGCAGUGAUUGUGCAACGUGCCGCGCGUGCUCUACCAACCAAGUAUUCAGUAAUAUUUGAAGACGACGACAACCGUCACAACAACACAACACCUACACACCAUAAACACAACGCGUACAGCGUGUGAGAGCGAUAUAGCAAUACUUCCAUCCCGCCCAACACGACCACCAUUUCCAUUACCAUUGCAAUGGCGCUGCAGCGAUAGUCUCCGGUGCACCACGCUGGACUGAAGAGGUAGUGAUCACCGUAACGAACGCAAUUAUUAUCCAACAAAUGCGUUAGAAGACCGUAAGAGUGUGUUCAGCGAAGUCACACCAGUGUGUGUGUGUGUGUGUCCCUGCGGAACGGCGGAUAGACAGCCAACGUCAGCGUGCCGCUCUUGGUCGCCAGCUUGAUUCGCAAUGUAAAGGGAAACUGUAUGCCUACUUCAACUACCAUCACGCACUGAACACCUGAACCUGCGUAACCGACGGAAGGCCAACAACCUUCCGCCUACACACACACACACAGACACACCAACAAGGAACCACUCAACCACACUGACACGAACUUCAAUGUCGAGCGGACAACGGACGACGGACGGUAAUGGUUGGCUUUCGGGAUGGGCGCGUACAUUCCACCAAGAAGUCGUUGUGAGUAGUAUCCCAGUAUGCAAACGGGAAGAAGAGGAAAUGAUAAGUAAUAAAAAAAAUAUUCCAAAAAAUUGUUAAAAAUAUUAGGAGCUCUUUGCGAAACAAGGACGAAAACAAGAGAGAAAAAAAACAACCCACUUAGCGAAGUAAAUUUAAAAAAAAAAAACAAACAAAACAAAUAAGUAAAUUAGUAGUGCAGUAUAAAGAAAACAAGUAUUGUAAUGAGUACGAAACAUUAACAACACAAAAAACCAGAAAAAAGACAAACAAAAAAUUAAACUUACAUCAGGCAACCAAUAAGCAAAAAUUGUGAUUAAUCUCCCCCUGAACAAGAACACCUACAUAAACACACACAACCACACACACACACACGAAUGCUAAAGAAAACGGCAAAAGCAAGUAAACCCAGUAGCAAAUAGCUACACUCUGUUCCUUUACUUCCGAUACUUUGCAAAUAAACAAAAUCUCUUUUCAUCAUCCUCUUUCCCUGUUUCCUCAUACAUUCAACGAAAGACUUACUCAAUCACACACUCACACACACACACACACACACUGUAGUAUGAAACAUGUAAAGGUUUUUGUUUGUAGGGAAAAUUGCAUUACUGCAUCAUGAGCAUCGUAUUUAGCGAAAUUUGUUACGUUUAAUCACUGUUUUCCGCUUUCCGCACGUUCGGAACCGAAGCGUUGUUGUUAGCCGUGUUUUAUUUUUGUUGAUAAUUCUUGAUCAAAACAAGGGACUCUCUCUCUCUCUCUCUGCAGGUCCUAUGCAUGUGGAGAGUUGUCUGCUUCCGAUGAAGAGGAAGAAAAGAAUAAUCAGAAGCAGAUGUGAAAACUGCAUCGAUCGGUUUCAGUGCGUUACGCGGUUUGGGGUUCCGGACUGAUCCGGAUCCGAAGUUGUGGAACGCUUUUCCAUUGUUUCCGGUGUUAUCGAAUCUGAACACUUGCUGAUGUGCGUGUGUGUGUGUGUGUGUGUUCCUGCUAUCUUUUGAGUGCGCUCGCAUGUAUGCGUGUGUGUGUUGUGUUGUUCUAUUGUCAAAAGGCAUUUAAAAAUACCACUCCAUACACAUGUGUCCCAAACUAACUUCAAUGUAACUGUUCGCCCCACUCAUUUUAUUCUAAAAACAAAGUCUCUCUAUCUCUCAAUCUCUCCACACACACACACACACUUUUACUAUCGGUCUGUCUUGCUGUCCUUUUAACCGUAAUCACGUGGUAAAUGUUUGUGAUAGAGUUCCAAAGUGAUAAUUAACAAAAAUAAAUGAAGCAAAAACAGAAAAGUGCAAAACGUGUGGUAACGAAAGGCAAAGCAAUGGCAGUGUACACACCAUGGCAGCUUCCCUUCUCAUUUGGAUGCUUGCAAAAGUGUGAGUGUGUGCGCGAAAAACGCAUUGAAACAAUUCCUUCUAUGCUGUUUAAUAGGAAGAAAGGGAAAACAGAAAGGAAACAAAACUUCUCCGCCCCUCCGUCUGGCGUCGGUAGAGGGAGAAUCGUUAAGCAGCAUCACCUACAGGAACAGUCGAUAGCUCCCUCAUUAUGUGUGCGUACGUGAUGGUUUGCUUGCUGUGCCCGCGGACAGCACACUUCGUGUUAGUAAAUGCAAUGCAAAACAAAACCAACCAAAAAAAAAAAAUGCAUAUUUUUCGCGUUACCUUUUUUGAUCGUUAGCCCAGUUUAUUGAAAAGCGUUAAGAAUGUAAUGAAAAGCAAAUAAAUACAUAACUAAACAUAAUAAUGAGAUUGCAAACAAACAUGUUUUAACUUUAGCGACAUAAAAAAAAAACAAAGCAUCAGAAGCAGCGGCAGCAAGUACUUAAGCACUUUAUCAAUGAAGUAAUCAUACAAAAGAGCGAGAGAAAGGAGAAAAACGAACCCAUUGAAACACGCAAACACAGAUACACAGACAAACACAUCAUCCCAAAAUCAUCGUUGACAAAUGCAGACAAUUUACUCACAUUCGUGUGAACAGAAAAAGGAAAGUAAACACACACCUUCAAGAGCCACACGUUACAGCACAGACACACUCGUGUGCUCGGGGUGGAUAUAGCACGAACAAGGCGAGAAUGAGAAAACAAAAGCAUAAUAAACAUGUAAAACAUUUAGAAGCAGAAACGUACACAACGUCAUUGGCAGUAGUGAAUGCAAGUGUGAAGUAAAAUGUAUAUUUAGAUUGAAGCAAAUACCAUAGAUAAACGAAACAGAAAACACACAAACACACAAAACACGACAACAACAGCAAAUAGAAGGGAGUAAAGCAAAGCAAAACCGAACGAGAAACUUUAGCAUUAUUGUUAUAUAUAUACAAAAUUAUUGCUUCAAAUUCGUUAAAAGUUAAAGUACGAAAUAAUUAGCAAAAAAUGGAUGAAAUCAUCAACAAAAAUGUAAAACCAAAGUUUCAAAGCUAGAACAGCCCCGGAAGAAAAUGAAAACGAUAUGAACUCAUCGAAAAAGAGCACCAACUGCUCUGAUCUCUCAAACGCAUACACACAUACACGUUCACUAGAAGAAAACAAAAACCGAGUGGCGUCUGUGGAAAAAAGGUGCAAGCGGUUGGGAAGUUAAAAGUUAAAAAUGUCAGAAACAGCUGGAAUACACCAGGACGACGAUACAAUUCGUGAUGGAUCGUAUUGAUGGUGGACGUCGAAGGAUCUUGUUUGCUCAUACGUGUAACUGGCACGAAACAACACGAAACCCGUUGAGCUCACUAGCCACCCACCGCCAUGCAGGAGGAGUAGAAUAUUGAAACAGGAAAUCGGGUGAAAAUAUAGCGCUCAUCAUCAUGCUAAUGUUCGAAUAAACUUCCCGUUUUUUUUCGUUUUUUUUUUCUUUGUUAUGCUGAAUGGUCGAAAACGAGAUUGGAUGCAGGGUUUUUUGUUUUGUUUUUGGUAGGAUGUUAGUGUAUGUUGUGUAUGUUACAGGCACCUAUAAAGAAGGGCACCUGUUGGGCUCUUUUUUCAAUGUUCACUCAUGUGUCACUAUCUACUCGCCUAAUGUUCUGUUUCACCUUUGUGUACCGUGUUUUGCUAUUGCUGUCGUAUGUCACUGUGUUUAUCUGUGUUCCACCAUCGUCGUGUCUGUCGUGUGUAUUGCUUCUCUUUUUAUACAUUUUUGCUUCCUUUCUUCUCUAUUCUUUCCCCCUUGAUGAUGAUCGAUCGUGGAUACCGAUCAAUACACACAAACACACACACACACACAUCCAAAACAAACAAACAAACACAAAAAAAACAUCGAAUUGCAGCAUCUUCAAGUGCACUUCCGAAAAGAGCGAUAGUAGUAAAAAAAAUACCCCCGAAAGAAAGAAAAAGCUAAAGUAAUGCUUAGAAGAACUUACAAAUUGAAACGAGUGAUAAUUGCAUAGCUGGAAGAUGGUUAUUCUCUAAGCCACUUCUCCUGUCGAUCUGUCGAUCAGCUCAUUGUUUAUUCAGUGUGUAUCUGUGUGUAUCUGUGAGUGUAAUCUUCCCCUCCCGCACUGUGCUACAACAAAUGGUUACGCAGGCGCGACUAUUUUUCGAUAUGUGUGAAAUGUUUCACAGAUAGUAUACAUGGUCGUGAAAUAUUUCAACUGCUCUUUACUUCAAGAUGGCGGCAAACUGCUCGCCUGCUUGGUGCUGCAAUUCAAAUUCAGCAAUAACUUGGCUUGGCUUGGUACUUCUAAGUACGUGUGCUCUCCUUCACUGCUCUCCGUCUGCUCACGUAAGCACACUCACACACACACACACACAUAAACACACACGCACUUACACUUACAUACGCAUACUAGCACACGUUGGUGCAAUUGAUGUCAUGUUGAUUGUUUUAGGUUUUUUGUUCGUUCAUAUAUAGUUAAAUACGAUCAAUGUGUAAAAGAGCAAUAAUAUAUUACAAUCGAUAUAAUCGGGUUUCCUGCGAAAGGGAAACAUAAUAUAAUGUUACGUUAAAAUAUGAAACAGGAAAAUAGAAGUAAAAAAUACAUGGAAUCCCAUCAAACACACGGGCGCUACCAAACAUGCAAACACAUACACGUGCACAACAACUACAAAAAACGGUGACACAUUGAAGGCACACAUUGAAAGUUGAAAUAACUGUAGCUCUCUUUCUAUCUGGUUUAUUUUUCCCCCUAAAUGUUUCUGUUCAUCCUGUUCCCCGCAUUUCCAUCCUCUUCUUCUAUCUGCAUCCGUCGCUUUACUUAUUGAUCGUCCUGUAUAUGUGUGUGAGUGUAUGUGUGAGCGUGUGCCUGUGUAUGUGCUAGUAGCGAAUGUAUAUUAUAAACAAAAACGAAACAAACAUAGACGUUGCAAAAAAUAAGACAUGAAUUAAAAUGAAACGAAUCUAACACGUUGCAUCAACUCACUGUAACUGCUGCUUAAUAAAAACGGAACAAAAUAACUACAGUAAACAAUUCACAAACUACAUCUCUACAUCAACAAAGCGUAAAUGUUCACACAUUUACACAGAUGUUGUUCACACUACACACCGGAUAAAGCAAUACUUGACAAGAGCUAACACUAAUAAUCAUAGUAAAAAGUGUACCAGCAUACCUUUACAAACAUUCACACCAUCCGAACGCGAUCAGUCUCUAAACAUACGCGCCAACACACACAUACACACACACACACACAUCCACAUACAAUGAAACGCAGUCAAUCGUGUGCGAAAAGCGUAUUUAUCUUUCUCUCUAUCUCACUCUUUAAAUCACAUUUAUCUAGCUUAAGUGGAAGAAAACCAAACAGAGGAUUGAAAGAAAGAAACUAGAAGAAAAAACUAGUGGAAAAGCAAUGUAGUAAAGUAAAUAGAAAAUGCAGUAGAAAAAAAAAACAAACAAAAAGGCACGGGAGGAUGGUGAAAGUAACGGCUGAAAAUAAUGGCAUAAUAUUUACUUUACAUUAAUCAAUUGAAUAAGCUACAUUAUUGUACAUCCAUUAUUGGUAUCUUUGGUUCUUACUUACACAAAUUUUGUUUUUGGUGAAAUGGUUAAGGUUAUAGUUUACGUUGAUUAUGAUUACUUAGCUACUAAGCUAUUUAUUAUAAUUCAUCAUUGAAUUACAUUUUUACGUAAUCUAUUACAAUACCAUUGGUACUAUAUUAUAUUGUUCGAUAUCUUAUUCACUUUCAAAAGAGUCAGUUGAAAAUUUUGCACCCCUUUUUGAAAAAACAGAGCUUUUGUUAGUAUGAUUCAAAAGAAAUGCAAGUUUAUAGUUUUUUCCUAACUAUUUUAUAGUACACGCUGCUUCAACAACCUCCCUUGAAAUAUAGAAGAAACAAAACUAUAUAAAUAUACAUAACCAUAUACAUAUAUACUACAUAUAUGAUCAUGUUUAAAACCCACUACUAUUAAAACAAAACACACUCACAAACACCCAUCAUCAGAGUACAGUAAGUACGCCAAUCAGCUCAUGUGUGAAUGUGUCUGUGUGUGGGUGUGUAGUCAUGCUUUAAUCCCAGUAGGCUCCUCACUCACGCGACACUCUCACGUCUACCGCUGCAUAAACAAACAUAAGCACUAAACGACUAAACCAUUUCAAUCCUAGCAUUUGCUUCCAGAUUUCCUAACACAAACACACGAUAGACACAGCAAAGUGAAAGCGAAGUAAAAAUGUUAGACAACUAAACAAGCUGAACAAAUCUUUGAGGAUAAGCAGGGUUUGCAGAAAUAUAUUGAAUGCAAUUGAUCACCAAAAUGAACCAACUAGGCAAACAAACAUACAAACAAACAAACAGCGUACAGCAACAAACAACAACAACAAAAACACAUUAACAACAGCAACCAGUAGAACGCAUCUUCAAUACAAUGAACAACAAUCAUCAACAUCACCACCACAACAACCACCAACAAGGCAUUAGGCGUCGUUUGUUUAUAAUUGUUAAAAGAAAAGAAAAAUGGUUUAAUGAACAAACAAAAACAAAAGAAACAGCGUUACACAUUGAAAAUGAGAUUAAGAAAUUAAGGAAUAAAAACACAGAAGAAAAAACUGUUGAAAACACUCAAUGGCCUUUUACUAUGUGCUUAUUAUUGUUGUACUUUUUUGUUUCUGCUAUACUCUGCUCCGUUCGUCUCUUUUACUCGUGCUGUCAUACUCUCUUUCUUUCUCUAUCUUUCUCUCUGUAUGUCUCUCACUCUUUCUCCCUAUCUUUCUCGAAAGCUAUUUAUGUCAAAUUUUUGGUAUGACGCGAAUAUUGUCUAAAUACACUUUACAUACUAUGGUCAGCAACGAUCAAAUUCAACCACGACACGUCAAAGCAGAAACCUCUGUUUAUCGAACAUGGUAAGCUUGUACUAUUUUAUGUUUCGUUUUAUUUCAAAUGGACUUUCUACAAACAUAUAAUCCGAUUGAAAUAAUAAGAUCACAGCCACACAUCAAUACCAACACGUGCAUGUAUAACAAUUUAUGUUCACUUUUGUUUCUGCAUAUUGAAUGUUAGUUGAUUAUUUAACUUCACUUUAAAUAUCAUAGCCUCCGCAAUGAAACAAACAAAAGGGAGAAGUAAGCAAGAUGGGAAUAGAAAUAGUAUUAUCAAAUUAUCAAAAAGCAUCUUUAGAAAUUGUAGCUACAAUAAAACCAAAACCCCUGCUAAAACAGUAGAAAUAUUUAUACACCGAAUGAACAAAAGUAGUGCAUUGAAGAACAAUUAAUAAAGCAGAAAGCAAACACAAACUGCUGAACGUAGCGUGAUGUCGAUAGAGAAAAAUAUUGAUAGGUAGAAAGAGAGAAGAACACUUAAGAAGAAAAAAGUAUAAAAACGCAGCACAACGAUGAACGAAAAUGCAAAGGAAAACAAUAUACAUGUCAAUUACUGAGGAAGGAAAGCCGAUGGAGAGUUAAGAGUUAAUAUGCCAUGCUCUACCUAAAAGGGCAUGCAAACCAUAUACAACACACAUAUUUAAUGCAUGCAAAAUAGUAGAAAAAAAACGAAAAGAUUCGUAUUGAGAAACGAAAAUAUUUAAAUCUAACCAUUCCGGUUUCCCAAACCGUUGUUCUACAAAGGAGAAGUACAUGCGAGUUGAUAAAGUGUAGUGGAAAGUGUGCGUAUUUUUUUCGUUUCUUACUUUGGUUGUAUUUUUGUUUCAUGUAGUUGUUUGACGAUUCUUUGACCUUUUUGUCCACUGAAUUGUUUUACAAAUUUAACAACGAUUUCAAAAGCAGUGUACUUUACUUCCAAAUUGUUUAAGAUAUGUGAAGAAUUCUGAAUGUAUGUUCUUUAUUCUAUAUGUAUGUUGUUAUUCUCUCUAACAAUUUCUACAAUCAUUUCGCUGGAGGAAAGCAACGUACAGAAACAUGAUGUCGCAGUAGUGACACCUUUUUUCAUUAUUCUUUCCUAUUCACUUCCUUGUAAACUAUUCUUCUAUUCGUUUUCUUGUUCAACAAAUACUAAUGCAGUUAUAUUUUUAAGCAAAAUACCCUUACGAUUUAUUGUUUCUCUCUCUCUCUCUCUAUCUUUCUCUCUUGAAGCACACGGCUAUCUUUACUACAGAAACAUAUUUACAACCACUUCACUGAACAUACACUAAAUGCUAAUUAUUGCUAACCAUCUCUAUCUAUCGAAUCGAUUAGUGCUAUCUCAUGCUUAGAAACAGGGGCAAAAAUAGACAGUCGAAAGCAAGCGGUCGAACCCCAUCAACGGCCCAUACACUUCGAACGUAUUGUAUAACCUACUUAAAAGAAUGUAAACCCUAUAUCAUACUACUUAAACGAAAUGAAGCUCUAGUGUUUGAAGAAGCUGCUACCCAUAUACUUAUACUCAUCGUUGCAAAUCGUAAGCAAUGGCACAAUAAGAAAGCAAAACAAACCCCAACAGUGCAACACUUCAGCGUAGAUUUACUUCUUCUUCUCGUGUGCAAGCGUGAUGUAUGUAGCAGCAGUUGUGUGAUUAGUUGUUCUGUUUUUACGUUAGCGAGGUUGCAAGAAGCUCAUCAUUUUCAAGUACGAUAUAUCAACAAAACAGAAAAGCAAAGCAAUGAAAUGAAGUAAACACAUACCACCAGAUUGAUAAAUAUGGUUACCGAAAGAGUUGAUCAGAAGAAAAGCGAAGAAAACAGAGAACAAAACAACGCAAAAUUAAACACGGAACCAGAAGAAGAAAACAAAACAUGUUUAAGGAAAGAACAAAACAAAAACCCAAUAA